AGUACGCUGCAGCGCUUACCGUCAUGAUCGCUGCUGUGCAAAACGCGUUGGUGUAAACUAUCUUUUUUACUAUUUCUUUUGUUCUUGGCCGCGUUUCUCAUCGGCUCUCGCGGCGUCGCUUUGGGACGGCUUUUCACUUUCCAAUAGCGGCCCUCUAGAAUUGUGCAUGCUGCUUCUCUCGUAGGGGGCGAAGGGCGUGUCAUGUCACAAGAUAAAAAGGCGCGUUUGGAAGCCACUGCGGGAGGCACUACCGUCGGUGCGCUGCACGACGUCCCUCACUCUCCCUUUGCGGAGGAGACUCGCAGUCCCGAUAACGUCAACGGCAGCCGCGGUGCCGAAAUCCACGCCACAGAAGAGGGAGAAAGCCCACUCGGGUACAGCAAGUGUAAACAACCUGCACCGGAGUGGGCAACUCAAGACAUCAAACAACCGACAAGACUACCACAGGCUGCUCCAGCUCCAACCGCUGGUGCGGCCCCACCACGCCGUGUACCGCUCCCACUUCCUGACGAUGUCGUCUUUCGCAAGAGCCCCGACAAGGACGAUUUCGGCUACAAGGCAGUCCUCGAGUCCGUGUCGAACCCGCAGACAAUCAACUACGUUCGUGGCGCCUUCCGCACCACAGCCUUUGUCGCCCUUCCGCUCUUCACCAUCGCGGUGCACCCCAACACCAUGUACCGCCUUGGCUAUCCAAUGAUGCUGAUCGCCUCCGUCAUCUCCACCUCCACCCACCAAACCUCUCUGGGGAUGCAAAUCGGUGUGCACAGCUGGCUGUGGCGCGGUGUGGUGUAUAUGCUGCUCUUUGGCACCGUGAUGAACACCUGGAAUGUGCACAAGCACGCCGGGGCGUGGUACGGCAUGCUCGUCUUUGGCAUCUUUCUGGCGAGUCUGGUCAGCCACGGUAUGAUGCGCCGUUUCAUGUACCUGUACUUUUUCAUUUACCUGCUGGAGAUUCGGUCGAUGAGUGCGUCCGUUGCCGUUAUCCCACUCAACUCAGCAUCGUGGAGUGCCGCGGACUUCUUUAUUGGUAGCCUCGUGGGUGUGGCGGCGCUGUGCUUCCCCUACCCCAUCCUCACGAAAAGCCUGGUGGACAUGAUCAUGACGAAGAUCUUCGAAGGCCUCGGCAAGAUGUUCAUGGCGAUGGUAACCUUCGUGUGGAUGCCGGACCCACACGCCGCCGUCCUCUUCUUCAACGACCGCUCUCCCUUCAUGAAGAUCGAAGCCGUUCUGGAGGUGAUGCCGCCCCUGCUGUGGUUUGCGAACUGGGAACCGACGGAGUUUCCGCUGCACAACCCAGUUCGCCGCUUGAAGCUGUCCCUGCUGCGGCGCAUCAUGGCGCUGACCUACGCCGCCUUUGGCGCUGGCCACACCGUCGCCACGAUACGCCGUCUGCAGUCAGAGCAGAUGGCAAUGCACAAGAUACGUGUCACGCUUUUCGAGGCAGUCUACGGACGAUCCAGCAGGCGUAUUGGGAAUGGAUCGAUGUUCGACUGA